GUCAUGCAAAUGGAAAUGGAGUCGCAGCAGCAGCAGCAGCAGUGGAUGAUGAUGAGCGGUGGGGCGCAGCAGCAGCAGCAGGCUCAACCCGCCCAGCACCCCCAGUCCUGGGCCGCUGCUCCUCAGCCCCCGUACCACCAACCAACCUCGGCCGACGAGAUAAGAACCCUUUGGAUCGGCGAUUUGCAGUACUGGGUCGACGAGAACUACCUCCACACCUGCUUUGCCCAUACCGGAGAGGUUCUUUCGAUAAAAAUUAUACGAAACAAGAUCACAGGCCAGCCUGAAGGUUAUGGGUUUGUGGAAUUUGUUUCUCACGCAGCAGCUGAAAGAAUCCUGCAGACCUACAAUGGCACACAGAUGCCUGGAACAGAACAGACUUUCAGGCUGAAUUGGGCUUCUUUUGGCAUUGGAGAAAGGCGUCCAGAUGCUGGACCUGAGCAUUCCAUUUUUGUAGGGGAUUUGGCGCCCGAUGUCACGGAUUAUUUGUUACAAGAGACCUUUCGAGCUCAGUAUCCAUCCGUAAGAGGUGCCAAGGUCGUAACGGAUCCUAAUACUGGUCGUUCAAAGGGUUAUGGAUUUGUUAAAUUUUCAGAUGAGAUGGAAAGAAACCGUGCCAUGACCGAAAUGAAUGGGGUAUAUUGCUCAACUAGGCCGAUGCGUAUCAGUGCAGCUACACCAAAGAAGACCACUGGUUUUCAGCAACAAUACCCAGCAAUUAAAGCUAUAUAUCCAGCACCAACAUACAGCACCUCACAAGUGCAGGCACUUCCAGCGGACAGUGAUAUUACGAAUACAACAAUAUUUGUUGGUGGUUUGGACCCUAAUGUCACAGAAGAUGAACUGAGGCAGAUCUUUGCGCAGUUUGGGGAGCUUGUCUAUGUUAAGAUACCAAUGGGUAAAGGAUGUGGCUUUGUACAGUUUGGCACUAGAGCGUCUGCUGAAGAAGCAAUACAGAGGCUACAAGGAACUGUGAUUGGCCAACAGACUGUCCGUCUUUCAUGGGGUAGAAGCCCAGCAAAUAAGCAGGACCAACCUGCAAGCUGGGGUCAGCAAGCAGAUCCCAGUCAAUGGAGUAGUGCUUAUUAUGGUUAUGGGCAAGGCUAUGAUGCCUAUGCUUAUGGAGCUUCGCAAGAUCCAUCCUUGUAUGCAUAUGGUGCUUAUGCUGGAUAUGGACAAUACCCUCAACAGGUUGAAGGUGUUCCAGAAAUGGCAGCCAUAGCUGGCACAGUCCCGACUGUAGAACAAAGGGAGGAAUCCUUUGAUCCUUUAGCCACACCAGAUGUAGACAAGUUAAAUGCUGCUUACCUUUCUGUCCAUGAAAAUGCCAUGGUGGGACGGCCCUUAUGGAUGAAGACCUCAGCAUUCUCACAGCCGGCAUAGCUUCUUGAUCUUCUUGCCUGGCUUGUGGUUAGUUCCAAACUCUUUGUGAGCCUGUUCAGAUCAUUUGGAAAGGGGAGUCUGAUGUUCUCACAAAUUUGAUAAAAGAGACGAGACACUCAACGGGAACUGGGUGCGAAUCGUUCUGUUGGAGAUAUCACUAAAAUUGGAGGCGAUCAUCUCAGACCAGUUUUGGCACCUUGUCUGAGGUUUGGGCUUGUGGCUGCUACGAAUGGAGAGGCAGGCUACUUCACCCCUUCCAUCAUCAUCCUUGCAGUAGCUGUCAUUCUCAUGUCUCAUUGUCGGCUACCUUGUACUCCGUAUAAUACUUUUGAGAAUUCUUGCUUAUGUUUCUUGGGUUAUUUGUCUAUGAAGAUACGGUGUGUUCAGCACUGGAUGCUACAGCUUGGAACCAAUUUCAAUAA